AUGGCGGUGGCCACGGCGCUAGGUUCCCUGGGUGCGGUCGCCCUGGGCACCUUUGUGGUGGCCGUGCUGCUGCGGUGGCUCUGGGAUGCGCUGGUGGCUGUCAUCCGAUUCCGGGCCACUUGUCGCCAGCUGAACAAGUUCCCCAUCCCGCCCUGGCGCAAUUGGUUGCUGGGACACACCGGCAUGGGCCAGAGCACGGAGGAAGGCCUACAGCAGGUGGACACCUUGGUGGCCCAGUACCGUCAUGGCUGCCUCUGGUGGGGACUUCCCUGGCUGCCUGUGCUGCGCCUCUUCCACCCCAGCACCCUCCGGCCACUCCUCAGUGCCUCAGCUUUCGUGGCCCCCAAGGACAAAAUUUUCUACGGCUUCCUCAAGCCCUGGCUGGGAGAGGGGCUGCUGCUGAGUGAUGGGCAGCGCUGGGCGCGGCACCGGCGACUCCUGACGCCUGCCUUCCAUGGGGAUGUGCUCCGGAAUUACCUGAGAAUCUUCAACCAGAGCACCCGCGUGCUGCUCGCCAAGUGGGCGGCAGCAGCAGAGGCAGCUGGUGGGGGGCCAGUGGAGUUGGAGGUGCUGCAGCCCCUGAGCCUCCUCACCCUGGACACACUCCAGAAGUGCAUCUUCAGCCACGAGAGCCACUGCCAGGAGCAGCCCAGUGAGUACAUCCAGGCCAUCCUGGAGCUGAGCUCGUUGGUGGUCCGGCGCCAAUUCCAGCCACUUCUCCACCCCUGGUGGCUCUACAGCCUCUCCUCUGAUGGCCGGCGCUUCGCCCGUGCCUGUGCCACUGUCCACGCUUUCACUGCUGAUGUGGUGCAGCGCCGGCGCCAGGCACUCGCCUGCCUGGGCCACCAGGCCUGGCUGGAUGGCCACCGGGGACGCAGCAUGGACUUCAUCGACCUCCUGCUGCUCACCAAGGACGAGAAUGGCCGCACCCUGUCGGACGAGGACAUCGCGGCUGAGGCUGACACCUUCAUGUUUGAGGGCCAUGACACCACGGCCAGUGGCCUGGCAUGGCUCUUCUACAACCUGGCCGGCCAUCCUGAGCACCAGGAGCGAUGCCGCCAGGAGGUCCAGGAGCUCCUGGCUGGCCGGGACACUGCAGACAUUGAAUGGGAGGACCUGUCCCAGCUGCCCUUCACCACCAUGUGCAUCAAGGAGAGCCUGCGGCUGCACCCUCCUGUCACUGCUGUGUCCCGGCGCUGCACCGAGGACAUCCCCCUGCGUGAUGGCCGUGUCAUCCCCAAGGGGGUCAUCUGCCUGAUGAGCAUCUACGGGACCCACCACAACCCAGACCUCUGGCCCGAGCCUGAGGUGUUCAAUCCUCUGAGGUUCAGUCCGGAGAACAGCAAGGAACGGUCCCCGUCGUCAUUCAUCCCCUUCUCUGCUGGCCCCAGGAACUGCAUCGGGCAGAGCUUUGCCAUGUCUGAGAUGAAGGUGGCAGUGGCAUUGACACUGUCCCGGUUCGUGCUGCGGAGAGACAAUGCGAGGCCGCCCCCGCGCCGCAAGCCCGAGCUGAUCCUGCGUGCCGAGGACGGGCUCUGGCUGCUGCUGGAGCCACUGGCGAGAGGGCCUGAGUGA